AUGCGGCUCUUACCUUUGACCUUACUCUUAGCCUUGGAUAUUGUUUCUGCAAAUGCUGCUACGCACAGACCGCAUAAACGACAGGAGGACGUAUAUGAUUAUUAUGUGCUUGAGCAUGAACCGCGACAUGGGAGCUCGCUGGAGGAGGUCGCGCGGACAUUGGGUGUGGACGUCGUCGAGCGCGCUGGCGAGCUCCGCGAUACCUGGCUAGUGCGGGCCGACAAGACCGCGCGCUCUUCGGAACACCUACGCCGUCGAAGCACAACUCCACCGCAUCCGGCAGUCCGCUACCUCGCCCUGCAAGAACCGCGCCAACGCGUCAAGCGCGCCCCGCCGCCCAUCCGGCCCGAUACCCCGACGGGCCAGAAGAGCGCGGACGUCGCGAGCCAAUUGGACGUCCACGACCCGAUAUUCGGGAAACAGUGGCAUCUGGUGAACGACGAGUUUCCGGAGCAUAUGAUGAAUGUCUCGCGCCUGUGGGAGAUGGGCAUCACGGGCGAAGGCGUCAUAUCCGCGCUCGUGGACGACGGUUUGGAUUAUACCAGCGCAGAUCUGAAGGAUAACUUCUACGCGCCCGGUUCGUACGACUACAACGACCACGAGGACCUCCCGACACCCAAACUAUUCGACGACACCCACGGCACGCGCUGUGCCGGCCAAAUCGGCGCCGGCAAAAACGACGCCUGCGGCCUCGGAAUCGCCUACAACUCCAAGAUCUCAGGCGUGCGCAUCCUCUCCGGCCCGAUCUCCGACAUAGACGAAGCAGCCGCCUUGAACCACAACUACAAGGAGACGGCCAUCUACUCGUGCUCGUGGGGCCCUCCGGACGACGGCAAGAGCAUGGAGGCGCCCAGUUAUCUCAUCGAGAGGGCUAUGAUCAAUGGGAUUCAGAAUGGACGGGAGGGCAAGGGGAGCGUGUUCGUGUUCGCGAGCGGGAAUGGGGCUGGAUUUGGCGAUCAGUGUAACUUUGAUGGGUAUACGAACAGCAUAUACUCCGUCACGGUUGCGGCGGUGGAUUAUAAGGGUUUGCACCCUUAUUAUUCCGAGUCGUGCGCGGCGAAUAUGGUCGUUGCGUACAGCUCUGGAAGCGGCAAUCACAUCGUCACCACGGACAAGGGCGAGAACAAGUGUACGGAGAGCCACGGCGGCACGUCCGCCGCUGCACCUAACGCAGUCGGCGUUUACGCCCUCGCUUUAGGAGUUCGCCCCGACCUUACCUGGCGCGACAUUCAACACCUCACCGUCCAAACCGCCGAAGUGAUCAACCCCGAAGACCCCGACUGGGAAAAGACCGCCACGGGGCGCAUGUUCAGCUACAAAUACGGCUACGGCCGGCUCAACGGCUAUGCCCUCGUAACCGCCGCGCAGGACUGGCCUCUCGUCAAGCCCCAAACAUGGAUCGAGAUGCCCGCCGUGCAGAUCUCCUCCGGCACCUGCGACAUCGUCGGCAACAUGGCCGGCGGGCAGACCAUCGUGCCCGGUGGACUGCAGCAUACGAUCACGGUCACGCAGGAGGAUCUGGAUAAGGGCAAUUUCGAGGCGUUGGAGCAUGUUACGGUUCGAGUUUGGAUUACGCAUCCGAAUAGGGGGAGCGUGGAGGUUGAGGUUGUUAGUCCCAACGGCGUCAAGAGCAUUCUUGCGGCGAGCAGGAGGUCGGAUAAGGCUGAUACUGGAUAUCCUGGCUGGAGGUUUAUGUCUGUCAAGCACUGGGGCGAGAACCCGCUAGGUGACUGGACAAUCCGCGUAGGCGACACCGCCGCCGAAGCCGCCUCGGGUAAAUUCCUCGGCUGGCAACUUUCCCUCUUCGGCUCCACAAUCGACCCAACAAAGACCUCCGAAUACGAGCUCUCCCUAUUCCCCACUCUCCUCCCCCAAGUCAAACCCACGCCCACCAAACCCGACGACCCGAGCAACACCAAGACGCACCCGAAGCCCACGGAUCAUCUCCCAGGCGACCACGGUUCCGCGCCGGGCGAAGCCGACAAGCCCGCCUUCGAGAGCGGCUCGUCGUCGUCUUCAGACGACAAGGGCAGCGAGGAAGAUCUGGAGGGCAAGCCUACCGAGAGCGCCGCGCCCACGAUGACGCCCACGCCCGACGAAGGCUGGUUCAGCGGCAUGUCCACGCUCGUCUCCUCCCAAAAAUGGCUCUUCGGCGCGCUCGCGCUCCUCGUCCUCUUCGCGCUCUGCAUCGGCGUCUUCUUCCUCCUCCGGCGCCGGCGCCGCACGCUCUCGUCCUCCUACUCCGCCGUGCCGGACGACGCGCUCGCUAUGGGCGCCGUAGGCUCCGGCCGCCCGCGCGGGACGAAGGAGCUGUACGAUGCAUUCGGCGAGGCGAGCGAUGAUGAUGAUGAGGCUGAUGAGAGGAGCCGGUUGAGGCCGGCGGGGAGCGCGAGCCAUGUGGGGCUGGGGUACCAUGAUAGCUUUUUGGAGGAUGAGGAGGGGAGUAAUGCUGGGACGCCGGGGUUGAGGAGGGGGAGCGGGACGUAUAGGGAUGAGCCUGAUGUUGAUGAGAAGGACGCGCAUGGGCAUGAGCGCAGUCCGGUGGGGAGCGGGAGCAGUGGGAGUGCGGAUGGGAGCUGGGAGCAUGCUAGUCAGAGUUUGAAGUAG